AUGUCGAGCCAGCCGGUCGAUCCGGCAAAACCUCCUGACAAUAAAUGCAAAUUCUGUGCUAAAUUUUGUUCGCUAAGUGAAGUUAAGUGUACUAAUAGUGCAUGUGAUACUCUUCUACAUGGAAAAUGUUUCGAUUCAAUUGCCAAGAUUGUGCCAAUCAAAAAGGAAGAAUUCCGUUGUAAACAUUGUUUGGGAGACGGCAAGGUGUCUAGUAGCAGUACCGAUGUGCUGCUCUUGCAUAAAGAAAUUGAUUGCCUUACACGAGAAAAGCAAUUGCUAGAAAAGUAUGUGAGUGAACUAGAAUUUUCUAAUACUAUUUUGAAAUCUAAAAUGCCUGCUGUUUCCUCUACACUGAAUUCGGCUGUUGGUUUUUUCCGAACUCGUCGUUGGUAA